GCCGUGGAGUGAGUGAUGCAUUUUAAUGAAUGAAUCAUGUUCAUAUAACCGCAUGUACAUCAUUCUGAGACUUAUUUGGGCCCGUGGUUGAGAAGCACUGUUGUUGAGGAGUAAAUGAAAUGAUCUGCCUGUGUUUAUGUAGUUGGCUGCAGGAGCAGAAGGAGGAUCUGCGCAGACGUCUCGGCUGCACCACACACAAACUGCAGCAGCUGCAGAGCGAGUUCGAGUCGACGCGUCAGUAUCUGGAGACGGAGCUGCGACGAGCUCAAGACCAACUCGACAAACUCACAGAGAAACUGCGGAGGAUUCAGAGCAGCUACACAGCUCUACAGAGAAUAAACCAGGACACGGAGGAGAAAAUCCACCGCAUGACUCAACGUCACGAAGAGAAGAGAUCUCUGAGUCGAGAGAUCGUCACUCUGAAAAACCACCUGAUGGAGGACAAGAUCAGCAUCCAGAAGCUGCGAGAGGAUAACGAUCUGUAUAGGAAAGACUGUAAUCUGGCAGCUCAACUGCUCCAGUGUGGAAAAUCUCCUUACAGAGCGCACAAACUGUGCGAGCUUCCCGCUGAUCUUCAGGAGCGAGUGAGCUCCCACAUGCAGCGGCAGGGUCACGGCCGGAGCGCAGCGCUGCAUCACUCCUUCUCAGACGCUGUUCCCACCGCCGUCAUCGGCCGGGUCCUGGAGAAACUGGAGCCUGGGAGAAGCUGUCCGGUCACACACUCGCCGAGCCCACAAGCCCCAGAAUUCGCAUCCGGCACGGACAACAAAGUCCAGCAGCACACGGCGUAUAAGUCGUCUGACCUGUACUGCAGCGACACGGCGCUGUACUGUCCCUCUGAUGAGCGGCGGCGCGACCGCUGGACGAAGAGACGACAGAGUGAGGAUCAGAGCGGACGGAUCCGAACACACACGUCCACCGGCGGCAACCUGGACGACGAGAGCUUCCCUCUACAUGAAGACCCUUUCCGUGGGUUCGUCCUCAGAUCUCUUCCCACCUCCAGCUGCAGCACGGCUCCGGACGAGAAGCUUCACGGUUCGUCUUUGUGCACAGACUGGCGCGAUGGAGACUAUGAGCGCAAGAACUUGUCCUCGUAUGGAAAGGAACUUCCAGGUUUUCCCAAGUCAAGCAGCUCCCAGCAUGUGGGCUCACAGAACGGCCGAUCCGGAGACAGACGCGCCCUCGUCCCUGCGUACCCGACGGAUGGCUGGUGGCAGAUGAGCAUGGAGGACAUCAGCAGCUUCUCGCCCUUCGGUUUCUCAGAGCACCACUUCAAGAUCAAACCGGGUCCUCUUUACAGCAGCUUCCAGGAUGGAGACAAAGUCUUCCACAGCCGCGUGCCGGAUCCGCGAUUCCCCGCGUCGGCGGGAUCGAGUCCUGGGCUGAACCCAAAGACGAGUCUGAAUGCACUGAAGGCCGAGAGAGGACUGAUGUUUCGCUCAAAGGGUUCGACAAGCAGCUUUUUCAUAACUGGAAACGCCGAAGACGAGGAGAGCGCAACUAAAGACGCUUUACAGAGAGAUCACGCUGAUUAA